AUGGAAUCCUAACUAAACUACUUAAAUCAUUCAACUGGCCUCACUACCCCACUUAAUGAAUUUGAAGCCCAAACUGCAAUUAAUGCCAUUGAUCUCUUAACCGACUCUCAUUAUGAAGUAAAAUGCUUAAAACAAUCUAAAGUGAGCAGACAACCAAAGAUUACAGAAUUUUUCCAUAAAAUGAAGAUGCUUAAUUCUUACGUAAUCUCAAGGACUCAAGUUCACACCGUUAAAUCGUAUGAGCAUGAGAAAAUCACUUUUUACUUCAGAAUUCUAUCUAAGAAUAAUUAAUGGAGAGGACUAGAUUACUCAAUUUUCGAAAUAGUAUUUAAGUAUUUGAGUAUGGAGGAAUGUCAGUUUGUGUUUGCUAGAGUUUGCAAACAGUGGAAGCAUCUCUACUUCAAGAUGUUCUGCAGCUACUCCUCACUCAAGAUGAUUGACAAUGCUAACCUCCAAGCAAAGGAACUCAAGAUCAUACUCGAUCAGGGAAGUAAUCUCGCUCACAUCAGGAUGCUUAAAGAGAUCAUCAAAAGGGAUUUUAAGAAUUAGAUCAAGUUUUUCAACUAAAACAUCGUCAUGCAAGCAAAAGUUGCAGAGAGGCUUUUUGACAAUAACUAAACAGGAGCUAUCACUAGCAAGAAAGGAAAUCAGAGACUACUUCAAUGCUUCAAGAUCAAGACUAAGGCUAUUAACUCCUAAUACAAUUUUAUCUCUGAUGGAUCCCUAGUGAGACUCUGUUAAAAAUCAAGAUCUUCACUUGAAGAGAUCUGCAUCAGAAAUGGAACUUAUUUGAGUAAUCAGGCCAUCUCUAAAAGUGUAUGCAUACUUAAAAGUCUUGUCAAACUUGAUCUUUCAUACUGCCGCCAGAUUGAUGACAGCGUUUUGACCGAUAUUGCAGAUAACCUACCAUAACUUUAAAACAUAGGCCUCAGAUUUCUGAAUAAAAUUACUAAAGAACCAUUGAUAAAGAUAUUAGAGAAUCUUAGACAGCUAGAGGGCUUGGAUAUUUCUGGCUGUUUCUCAAUAGACUUGAGUUUUAUGACAAAGCUUAGAGGCAACAAAACUCUCAAGUGCCUGCUUCUCGAGUAUUUGAUGGUGAGAUGUGACCACCUAAAGAACUUAGUAGAUUCGAAUGUGACUACUCUAUCGAUCUUUUACUCAAAGACAGUGUCAAUCGUGCAUCUUGAGACUUUGCAAGAAGUAAAAAGUCUGAGCAAUAUAAAUAUUCAAGACUGUCCAUAAUUAUAAGAAUAAGAUAUAAAGAAUAUGAUCGAGUAAAAAGAGGGUUAAAGAUUCAAGGUAGUGAGAGCUUCCCCAGGUCUCAUUGCCCCAGAAACUGUUAACUCACUUCUUCUCUAAGUUUAAGCUAAUAAUACUAUUAUAUGA